GAUUUUGGAAUUAGACGCGAAGCUGUGAAAUCUAGAAGAAGAAGAAGAAGAAGAAGAAGAAGAAGAAGAAGAAGAAGAAGAAGAAGAAGAAGAAGAAGAAGAAGAAGAAGAAGCAAUGUCAGCCAUGGGAGCAGGACCAGAUCACCUCUUCAACCUCAGAAACAAUUUCUAUUUGGGAGCUUAUCAAACGGCGAUCAACAACAGCGAGAUCGCCAACCUCUCGCCGGAAAACGCCGUGGAACGUGACUGUCUCGUCUUCCGAUCUUACAUCGCCCUCGGUAGCUAUCAGGUUACUUCUCUAAUCAUAUCGAUAAUGUCUUCUUCUUUAGAUUCGAUUACGUUUUGUUUUGAUCUGUUCUUCCAAAUUUUGGUGUGUAUAAGCUUGUUAUCAGUGAGAUCGAUGAAUCAGCCGCUACUCCACUACAAGCAGUCAAACUCCUCGCUAUGUAUCUAUCGACUCCUCAAAAUAAGGAAUCAACAAUUUCAAGCUUGAAGGAAUGGUUAGCAGAUUCAACAAUAGGAAACAAUGAUACAUUACGAUUGAUUGCUGGUAUUAUUUUCAUGCAUGAAGAAGAUUAUAAUGAAACUUUGAAGCAUACUCAUGCUGGAGGAACUAUGGAUUUGUAUGCCUUGAAUGUUCAGAUAUUCAUUAAGAUGCAUAGAGCAGAGUAUGCUGAGAAGCAGCUUAGAGUGAUGCAACAGAUUGAUGAAGACCACACUCUCACUCAACUUGCUAGCGCUUGGUUGAACCUGGCAGUGGGCGGUUCGAAGAUACAGGAAGCUUAUCUCAUUUUCGAGGAUUUUUCUGAGAAGUACCCAAUGACAUGCUUGAUCUUGAAUGGCAAAGCUGUUUGCUGUAUGCAAAUGGGUAACUUCGAUGAAGCUGAAACACUACUUCUUGAAGCACUCAACAAGGAUGCUAAAGAUCCAGAAACUCUUGCAAAUCUUGUUGUGUGCAGUCUUCAUGUCGGGAAGUCUUCUUCACGCCACCUAAGCCAGCUAAAACUUUCACACCCGGAACACAUACUUGUGAAGCGUGUAUCAUCAGCUGAAGAUAACUUCGAGAGAGCAGUUCAAUUGGUCGCCUAAAGACUCUUCCAUGGUUCAAGCUAAAAGACGUGCAGGAUUUGUUUGCUUUACCGCAUAUUUUCACCGGGUUGGUAAAUCUACCAGAACAACCAUACUGUCUUGUCUUUUCGAAACCAGUAUAUGAACCAGCUUUUGCCAUUAGAUAUGUUAAGUUACAUUUCAUUACUUGAAAAUAUCAAAUUCCACCUCUCGCACUCUCAA